GUUUUGAGGUCUGUGACACGGAGACAGUUCGUCGAGUCGAGUCCCACGCGGCCAUUCCGCACCACGCUGGACAGCAAGGGCCGCAACUCGGAUCAUGACGGAAGAGGCUUUUGAUGUGAUGGUGGUCGGCUCCUGUAUGACCGACUUGGUGAGCCAGGCACCAAGACUACCCAAAGCUGGAGAAACCAUCCAUGGUCACAAGUUCUUCAUUGGCUUCGGAGGGAAAGGGGCCAACCAGUGCAUUCAGGCGGCAAGACUGGGGGCCAAAACCGCCAUGAUCUGCAAGGUUGGUAAAGACUUCUUUGGAGACAAUUACAUUCGGAAUUUCAAAGACAAUGGCGUACACACAGACUUCGUAGGCCAGACCUCUGACGCAGCCACAGGAGCUGCCUCCAUCAUUGUCAACGAUGCAGGCGAGAACGCCAUCGUGAUCGUGGCCGGUGCCAACAUGCUGCUGGGCGGCGAGGAGCUGCGGGGAGCUCUUCCGGCCAUCAGUCGUGCAAAAGUUCUGGUGUGCCAGCUGGAGAUCAGCCCGCAGACGUCCCUACAGGCGCUGUGCAUGGCGCAGGAGAACAAAGUGAAGACGAUAUUCAACCCAGCACCGGCCAUUGCGGACUUGGAUGCGGAUUUCUACAAAGCCUCUGAUGUGUUUUGCUGUAAUGAGUCUGAGGCGGAGCUGCUGACUGGUUCCCCCGUCGCUAACGUGGAGGAGGCGCAUCACGCCGGCCGGGAGCUGGUGCGGCGCGGCUGUGGGUCGGUCAUCAUCACUCUGGGACCCCAAGGCUGCGUGGUGGUCAAGGCACAGGGCUCUACCUCCAAACACGUCCAAACUCCCGCUGUCGCAACUGUGGAUACUACGGGCGCUGGAGACAGCUUCAUUGGAGCGCUGGCAUUCUACAUGGCUCACUAUCCCACAAUGCCUCUGGAGGAGAUGGCCCGCAGAGCCAAUCAGGUGGCGGCAGUGAGUGUGCAGGCUGUUGGCACGCAGACGUCUUACCCCUUCAAGAAGGACCUGCCAGCUGAACUGUUCUGAGAGCAGCUGACUGGAGACAAGACGCCGGCGCUAAUGGACCAAAUCUGAAAUGGCUCUCCUUGACCUGUGACCUCAACUGUCAUAUGAAAUGAGCUCUUAUUGAGAAAAUGUGAGCGGGAAUACUAUCAACGUCCUGAGGAUUGUUUAUGAUGUAGUCAAUGCUAUUUUAAUAUAAAGCGGACUGACUUAAUAUAACAGACAUUAAUUUGUGGCUAUGAGGUCACAAGCCUGCUUACGACAGACACUCAAUUGUUUUGAACUGUUUAAUAAUUCACACAUUUCACAAUUGGUUUCAGUUGAAAUUUAAAGCUGCAAAACACUUU